GGCUACAGAGCGCGCUGGGCGAGCCGACGCGCACCAGAACAACGGCAGCUGCUCGACGAAUUGCCGCACCGCAACCAAACCAUGCUGCGCGCGCUGCUCCGCCGGCGGCGGCCGCCGAUCCCCUCCGCCGCGGUCGCGGUCGCCGUUGCAACCUUCUUUGCGAGCUCAGGAGGCGCCCGUAUAGCUCUCCCUCCUCCUCCUCCCCGUCCUGCGGCAGACGAGGCGGAGCGGGAGGGGUCGCUGGCGCAGCGGGUGGAGCGGUCGGCGUCGGUGUGCGCCGCCAUCCGGGGGUGGAUGGGCGACGGCCGCGCCGUGCACCGCGGGCACGUCUUCCACGCCGUCAACCGCCUCCGCCGCCGCCGCCUCCACCGCGCCGCCCUCCAGGUCAUGGAAUGGAUCAUGAGAGAGAGGCCCUACAAGCUUAGUGAGCUAGAUUACUCAUAUCUCCUGGAGUUCACAGCUAAAGUUCAUGGCAUUUCUGAAGCUGAAAGCCUCUUCCUUCGCAUACCUCAAGAAUACCAGAAUGAGCUGCUGUACAACAACCUUGUUAUGGCUUGUUUGGAUUUGGGCUUGAUUAAGCUUGCAUAUGGUUACAAGAGGAAGAUGAGGGAACUGUCGUUGCCGAUUUCACCAUAUGUAUACAACCGGUUGAUCAUCCUCCAUUCUUCUCCAGGGCGUCAGAAAACUAUUUCCAAGAUCCUCGCUCAGAUGAAAGGCGAUCGUGUGACCCCUCACACGUCAACCUACAACAUCCUACUGAAGAUAAAGGCCAAUGAACACAACAUCGAUGGUGUGGCGAGGGUUUUCAAUGAUAUGAAGAGAGCAAAAGUCGAGCCAAACGAGAUCACCUAUGGCAUUCUAGCAAUUGCACAUGCUGUAGCAAGGUUGUAUACUGUUUCCCAUACAUAUGUAGAAGCAAUUGAGAAUUCUAUGACGGGAACUAAUUGGUCUACAUUGGAAAUUCUGCUUAUCUUGUACGGAUACCAUGGGAAGGCAAAGGAGCUAAAGAUGACAUGGGAUCUUAUGCAAGGUCUCCCUCAUAUUCGACCCAAAAGCUUUAUACUAGCAAUUGAAGCAUUUGGAAAGGUUGGCUCCAUCGAUCAGGCAGAAGAGAUAUGGGGAAAGUUUGAAUCAACAAGAAAGCCGAAGCUGACAGAACAGUUCAAUUCCAUUUUAUCAGUAUAUUGUAGGCAUGGUCUUGUGGAUAAAGCAUCGGCUGUGUUUAAAGAAAUGAGAGCAAAUGGUUGUCAGCCGAAUGCUAUCACAUACCGCCACUUGACGUUAGGCUGCUUGAAAGCAGGUAUUGUUAAAGAAGCUCUGAAGACGAUGGAUAUAGCAAAGAAAGAAGUUGUCACCAAGAAGGUGAAAAGUUCAACACCAUGGUUGGAGACAACUCAUAUGAUACUUGAAAGCUUUGCAGAAAAUGGCGACUUGGUAAAUGCAAAGAGAGUUUUUGACGAACUGAAUGAAUCAAAGUACUGUAGGAAUUCAUUUGUGUAUAAUACCCUUCUUAAAGCUCAUGUAAAGGCAAAAGUUUAUGAGCCAGAUUUGUUAAGAGCGAUGAUUUUGAGAGGAGCGAUGCCAGAUGCUGAAACAUACAGCCUACUGGGAUUGAUAGAGCAGUUCAAGACAUAAUGAACCUGUACACAAACUAGCUAUUGUAGCUGUGAAGGAGUUUGAAAUGAUAUAUACUGAACUGAGCCAUACAACAACCGGUGGUAACAUGUGAACAUUUUGGCACAUAAUCAUUCAAUAUUCCAAUUGUCAUACUGAUGGUAUCGCUGGUAUUCAUGGUGCAUGAUCAGUGUCUGAAGAUGAGCACAAAUCAUUGCUGAAGUGCAGGCCUCGCAGCUACCUUUGUUAUCCUGAACAUCUAGCACAAGGUGAUGUACACUGCAUUUUCAAAGUAGGGGAAUAGUGCAAAGGAAAAAUUGCAUCAGAUGGAGGACAAACACUUCCAAGCAAACAAAGGUAGUCAGGAUAUUACAAUGACCACUGCUUAGUGGUUACACAACAUGUUGCAGGUUUCAUUGUGCUACUUCAACCAUCUUCACACCUCGGCCCCCUGAAACACACAUCGACCUGGUGUUUUUAAUGUGCAAAUGACGGAACGAGAUAUAAAGGAAGGCAAGAUAACCAUUAUAAAGCUUAAGGAAACAGUGCUACGCUGCCCAAAUGCUGGAUACACAAGGAGUACCAACCUCCAUUUGAAUGGCAGCAAAUCUAGCAGCAUGCAAGUCUAACCCAAGCAGCUUGUGCUCUGAGCAUCUGACUCUGGAGCAAUAAUUUUAAGAUAAAUGCCUGAUACCGAGACAUGUAUGUUGUAGCUAGUUGCAUAGCACCAAUCUGACAUUGUUCUUGUACAAAAAGAAUCCAUGCAAAGAAGUUACAAUAAACAGUGGCCAUAUGUUCCAUAUGGUAUCGAGUCAGUGGAUAGAUUAUUAGCAGAGACUGAUUUCGUCAAGUAAUUUCAUUUGCAUCCUGUCCGGGCAUAAUCAAUGUGCAUCCUGUUGCAGAGGCUGGUACAUUGACAAGGUGACCUUCAAAGAGUAAUUCGCAAACAAUAUUAUUAUGGAGCCAUGGGGAAUAUAUAUGUUUUUUUUUUGCCAAAACAAAUGUUCAGAUGUACCUGAAAUGUAAAUGAUUAUUGACAAGUAUACAAUUGGUUUAUAUGUUUUUGAUA